UGCAUCACACAAUCGUCUUCUUCUCCUUCUCUGAAAAAAAAAAAGCAGUUCGAAACAAAAAAAAAGUGAACAAUGGGUUUGGUAAAGCCAGUUUUGGCGAUCCUCUUUCUGACGGUAAUCUCCUUAUCGUCGGCGAUGGAUAUGUCGAUCAUCUCCUACGACGAGAAGCACCACGUAUCCGGCGGCGGCGGCGGUCGGAGCGAGGUGGAUACGGCGGCGUUGUACGAGGCGUGGCUUGUGAAGCACGGAAAGUUCUACAACGCCCUGGGAGAGAAGGACCGGAGAUUCGAGAUCUUCAAGGAAAACCUCCGAUUCAUCGACGAACACAACGCGAAGAACCUGAGUUACAGGCUCGGUCUGACUCGGUUCGCCGAUCUGACAAACGAAGAGUACCGAUCCAUGUACUUGGGGGCUAAACCUCACAAGAGGACCCUCAGGACGAGCGAUCGGUACCAGCCGCGUGUCAGCGACGCGCUUCCGGACUCCGUUGACUGGAGGAAGGAAGGUGCGGUCUCCGACGUGAAGGAUCAGGGAAGCUGCGGGAGUUGCUGGGCAUUCUCUGCGAUUGGAGCUGUUGAGGGCAUCAACAAGAUUGUGACAGGAGACUUGAUCUCGUUGUCUGAACAGGAGCUCGUUGACUGUGACACAUCAUACAACGAAGGCUGCAAUGGCGGUCUCAUGGACUAUGCCUUUGAUUUCAUCAUCAACAACGGCGGUAUUGACACCGAGGAUGAUUAUCCCUACAAGGGUACUGAUGGUCGCUGUGACCAGAACAGGAAAAACGCCAAGGUUGUCACGAUCGAUUCUUACGAGGAUGUUCCCGUGAAUGAUGAGAAAGCCCUGAAGAAGGCAGUUGCUAAUCAGCCCGUAAGUGUCGCCAUCGAGGCUGGUGGCCGUGCAUUCCAGCUCUAUGACUCGGGUGUAUUCGAUGGAAUCUGUGGAACGGAGCUUGACCACGGAGUUGUAGCUGUUGGCUACGGAACUGAGAACGGGAAAGACUACUGGAUCGUACGAAACUCGUGGGGGAAGAACUGGGGAGAGAGCGGAUACCUAAGGAUGGCACGUAACAUCGAGGCAUCGACGGGAAAAUGCGGGAUCGCGAUGGAAGCGUCGUACCCGAUCAAGAAAGGUCAGAACCCACCAAACCCGGGACCUUCUCCGCCGUCCCCAGUGAAGCCUCCGACCGUUUGUGACAAUUACUACACAUGUCCCGAGAGCAACACUUGCUGCUGUCUCUUCAAGUACGGAAAGUACUGCUUCGCCUGGGGGUGCUGCCCGCUGGAGGCCGCCACCUGCUGCGAGGACAACAGCAGCUGCUGCCCUCACGAUUUCCCCGUCUGCAACGUCAAGCAAGGAACUUGUCUCAUGAGCAAGAACAAUCCGAUGAGCGUGAAGGCGUUGAAACGCACGCCAGCGAAGCCGUUCUGGUCGCAGGGCAGGAAGAACGUCGCUUGAGAGGAAGAGAAGGCCUUUCUCAUGGAUAAUGUUAUUUAUAAUCAUCAUCAGGCUCUAAUGUUGUUGUUACUUGUCUCAUGUAAAUAACUUUUCAGUUCAUCAUUCAAAAAAGACCAGACCAGGAACAGGUUGGGUUUCAGACAAGCAGACUCAUUAUCGAAUUUUUAAUUUCCGUUAUUAUUUGGGUGAUCA